ACUGAAACCACACAGACUGGUCAGGAUGGACUGAAAUACUCUGCAUUUGCUGUUUUUUUAACAAAGUGUUUUUUUGGUGGGACAUUUAUUUGUGAAAACAAAAGGGGGUCCUAGGAGAACAGGGAAACCAUCCGUGCAAGAACCGCCACUGCAUCGCAUCACACCAGCGGGAAGAAGCUGCGUGUUUGCUCCGCAGUAGCUGCCCACCCCGCACCUUCUCGCGGCACGCAGCGUGCGUGCAGGCGGCUUCUCUUUAUAUGGUGUCGCUUCCUUCCUGGAAGCUUCAGAUGCAUCAGAGGAGAGGAGAGCAAACCUCCCAGCUUCACCCCCAGCUGCUGCGCUGUGCGCCAAACCCGCAGUUGCCUGACCCUGUCUGCGCCCCCCGCGGCCCCACAGGCGCACUCAGUUCAAACAUGUGAAGGUAAAAAUCGUGAUUCGCUGGAUGCACUGGGAUUUUAUUCAUUUAUUUAUUUUAUUUUUUAUUUUUUUACCUUCCCGCUAUCUCGUGGUUUCUCCUUUUUGCCUGCCGCCGAUCAGUUUGUGGAAUGCUCUGCAUUUUCUUCUCUGGGUACGUUUCCACUUCAGGAUGGGAACUGCGGUGUCCAAAAGGAAGAACCUGAGGAGUGACGCGAUUUCUUCCGUGGCCGCAAAAGUUCGAGCAGCCAGAGCAUUUGGAGAAUAUCUGUCCAACACAAACCCAGAGAACCGCAACGGAGCAGAUCAUCUUCUGUCUGAAACUUUCCCCGGUCAGGACUGUGACUCUCCGGACGUCGGCCGUUUGCAUAACAACAAUCUGCCGCCGCGAAGCAACACGUUGCCUAUAACUAAAUCCAGUCGAUCCCACCAGCCCCAUCCCAGGACAAAUCUGCAGUCGCCCCCUCAGGUUGACACCCUCAAAGCUCAAGGACCCUCGGGCCCCUCAAAACGUAGACUAUCUGUCGAGCGAAGCCUCUCCUCAGAGGACCCACCAAGUGCCAGAGGCUCCGAGGGGAGCGCUGCUCUGAAGCCACCCAGGGUGUACACAAUAACCAGAGAAGGCGGGAUGACUCUUGGGGGUCCCGGAAGCGAGGAGACCGUAGAGUUGGAGGUACUGAAGGGCCCCAGGGAGCACCCGGGCUCCCAACCCUCCAACCCCGCCAUCUACAGCCUGUCCUGCACCAGCCAGCCAGCAGCUACAGCCGCCCGAGGCAGCCACCACCGCGGUAGCCAUCAUCGCGCUAGCCAUCACCAUGCCAACCAGCAACAGGGGGGGCCCUCAUCAUCCUCAGAACCUCUGCAGAGCUCAAGGAGUGCCAGCAACAUUGGUGACUGGGGGAUAAGGAGAGGCGGCUCCAGGGAGGAGUACAGCCCAGACUGCGUGGCCUGUAUCCGAGCCCCGUGCCAAAGCCAGAGGUCACUGGACCUGGACACCUCACCACGGGACGGAGGGAAGCCCCGCAAGAAGCUGGAGAGGGUGUACAGCGAGGACAGGACGUCCACUGACGACAGGGAGGACGGCUCUAAUAGCUGGUUCCCCAAGGAGAACAUGUUCAGCUUCCAGACAGCCACCACCACCAUGCAGGCCAUAUCAAAUUUCCGUAAACACCUCAGGAUGGUUGGCAGUCGCAGGGUGAAGGUCCAAACCUUCGUCGACCGCCGAGCCAAGAGCUUCAGCCGUUCAUGGAGUGAUCCCACCCCCGUCAAGCCCGAGUCUAUUCAUGACUCCAGAGACAGUGGCGAGCUUCAGACCUCCUCAGGGACUCUAGAUGAAGGGCUUGAUGAGGAUGCUGACUGGGAGCAGGAGAGGGGUCUGGAGAGGGCGGCCUGCGAAGGAGACUAUUUCAUCCCGCCAAAAAUCAUGCUCAUUUCCUCCAAGGUACCGAAGGCCGAGUAUGUUCCCGACAUCAUCCGCAGGGACGACCCCUCCAUCAUCCCUAUUCUAUAUGACCAUGAGCACGCCACCUUCGAUGACAUCCUUGAAGAGAUAGAGAAGAAGCUGACAGCCUACAGGAAGGGCUGCCGGAUCUGGAACAUGCUGAUUUUCUGCCAGGGGGGUCCGGGUCAUCUCUACCUGCUGAAGAAUAAAGUGGCCACCUUCGCCAAGGUGGAGAAGGAGGACGACAUGGUGCAGUUCUGGCGGCGCCUCAGCAGGCUGAUGAGCAAACUGAACCCAGAGCCCAACCUGAUCCACAUCAUGGGUUGUUAUGUGCUGGGAAGCGCUAAUGGAGAGAAGCUUAUCCAGACUUUGAAGAGGCUGAUGAGGCCGUUGUCUGUUGAAUUCAAGUCUCCACUAGAGCUGUCAGCCCAAGGCAAAGAGAUGAUCGAGAUGUACUUCGACUUCCGCCUGUACCGCCUUUGGAAAAGCCGUCAGCACUCCAAGCUGCUGGACUACGAUGACCUCUUGUGACCUCACCGACUCAACUUCGGGCUUGUCAGCCGGCUAUAGCGAGUCUGAGCCUACUGUUGCACGGUGACAGGGCGUUUGGAUCCCGGGGGGGCCCUGCCCUCUUGGUUGGCCCGCGGGCCUCUGGCUCUGCAGCAGAGCUGGAGCAGCAGUGGCGCAGUAGGGUGUCUUUUUUGUUUUCCUCUCUAGAACCUUCAGAAAAGGCAGAAUGUGGCCUGGUAGAAACACCCAGCAGGUCGGGUUUUUUUUAACUCUUACCUAUUUUCACUGUCUGGCUGACUCUGGGGGAUCAGAGGAGGAAGCGGACAGGAAGCAGGAGGAGCAGCGAACCUAAAUGUGUCAGUGAUGCUGAAGGACUGACAGCAGACAACAGAGAGAUCUCCAUGUACACUUUAGAGCAAAGCUUUUUUUUCCCCUUGCCUUGCCUUUAGUAAAACUACUCGGCUCUUUUAAGACUGAGACUUUUAAGAAAAAGGUUUAGUCGUUCUUUUUCAUGUGAUAAAGCUUUUUACUAAAGGAAGCAGAGCUUAUAUGUAAAUAAGUCAUCAAAGCAUCUUAGGAAUAGGUUUUCAACCUCUCUGUCUGUGGCAUUGCAUUAAGAAACAGCUUUUAUUCAUACAAUACAUUUAGAUUUACAAAUUGAAUAAGCUGAAGCUUGUUUUUUUUUUUUGGAGAUAAAACUUCCAGGUAAACGUGUUAGUAUUUCGUACAGACUGUUGUAUGAACUCAGGUGAAAUCUCUUAGACUUACUGUACAGCUAACUGUAGAUCAGAAGUUGAAGGCCUUUUAUAAGCCACACAUCCUCAGUGGGACGUCGCGUCAUUUCUGCAGCGCAGAGACUUUUUGUUUGGCAUUCUCACCGAGUCGGCAGCAGCUGAACGCGUAGAUGCACCCGCGCGUGUUUGUCUGCCUGGCGGCGGUGUGCGGUAGUCAGAACCACUGAGGCGGUUUUAGCUGCUCUUUCUUGAAAUGCUGGCGCACAGGUGCCUUUUCUUACCACCUGUGUGUGUUUUAGCUGCAUGUGUUGUGCUCAAAGCGUGUUUCCCUUGGUAGCCUGUGAAGAUCUGCAGGUAGACAACCUUCAUAUGAAGUAGGUGAUGCAUAGACUUAUUAGUAUAUUUAGUUUAUUUUCAAUAUUUUUAGUAGUUUUUCAAAUUAUUAUUAUUAUUAUUAUGUUAAGAUUUAACUGAAAUCUUACAAAGUAGCAAUGAUUAGUAAAGGCAAUACUUAGUUUCUUCCUUUUCUUGUUUUUUGAUUGAAGUGUUCUGAGCUGUUUGACAGGAACACAGUAGGAUUUAAAAGGCGCCCUCUGGUGGUUCAGUGUUGCUCCCCCAGAGUUGGACUUUAACAUUCAUUGUAUUUCUUGGUGUCUUAUGAUGAGACUGGAGAUUUAUUGUUGUAUCAUAUCUUUUGAGCAGAAAUGCCACUUUUUCUGGCAUUUUUUCAAACAAAUACAUGAAAACUAAAAUGUAUAAAAUUUAAAAAAUUAGCUUAUAACUUUCAUUUGAAAGCAAGCAUCAGCCAUUAUUAUUGCUGCUUCAAUGACUUCACAUAUUAAUACAUUACUGCAACUAUAAGGUCUGCUAUCUGUAAUUAUUUCUAGGCGUUUUAAUUUUUGCUACACAGACACUCAUGUAAAGAAUGCUAAACACUCUGGUUAAAUCAGUUAGAGAUCUGGGCAUGUCAAGGAUGAAGAUUCAAUUCAGUCUUGUUGGCUGAGAAUAAAAGUGACCCAGCAGGCUAUUUGAAAGGAUUUUGUGAUUCUUAUAAAAAUAUCUUUUUAACUCUGCUCUGCUGGUGUCUUUGCUCUAGCUCAGGGGUCUGCAACCUACGGCUCCGGAGCCACAAGUGGCUCUUUGCACUAGGAAUGCACCGAUGGUAAAGUUUGGGAUGAUACUGACAUCUGAUAUUAAUAUCGCUGUUUUGGCUGAUAACCGAUAUUUACCGAUAUUUUACAUCUAUAUAAAUAUAUGUAUUUCACUAUCCCUUCAACACUUUGAAAGAAAUGACCACAGCGCUGACUUAACUUCAGCUUAACUCUCCACAAUCCUUCACUGCAUGACUGUCUCUGUCACAUGUCCAAAUAAAUACUACAUGAUCAGCCUCCAGAAAAGAGCAGCAAAAAGAUGGAAACAAACAUGGGUUGUUAAUAUCCCAUGUUUAUAUCGGUACAGUUUUACAUAUCAGAACCAUGUCAAUAUGUAAAAGAAAUAUAUAAAAAAACAUAUAUUUUUCAUCCCUACUUUGGACCUUCCACAGUGGCUCUUAAUAACUUUGGCUAUGGCAGACUACAGUGGAGUCCCGCCUAUUAGCAGUUUAGCAUUCGCCAAUUUUUCUUUGGAAUAUAACUGCAAAUUAUUUGCAUAAAAAUUAAUAUAUUCAUGGAUUUUUUUUCAUCGAGCAUAUCUGAAAUGUUCUAAAGAAAAUGCAGCUUGGGAAGCCUGAAGACCUCGGCUACUUGACACGCUAUUGGCUGGAAUUUGCAAAGCAGCCAAUCCCAAAGCACCAUUCAUUUUCCUUGGUCUUGAUUGGCCGAACCCCCAAGAUGGUAGAGGAGGAAUGGUAAAUAAAUGGUAAAUGGACUGAACUUAUAUAGCGCUUUUCCAGUCAUUUUGACCACUCAAAGCUCUUUACACUAGAGUCACAUCCACCCAGUCGCACUCACAAACACACACACAUUUAUACACCGAUAGGCAGAUCGGUAGGCAAAAAGGAAGACUGUAGAUAUUAACUUUUGCAGUUGUGCUAAGAUGGUUUCUACUGUUCAUAUUUAUGCAUAUGCAUAUUAAGGUAUGUCUGGUGUUUUAACUAUUAUGUUAUCCAGUUACAUUCGCGCUUAGAGGGGCAAUAAUGUAUUUGUGAUUUUUAUCUAUUCCUGGGUAGCCGUGGCCCUUAACCCACACAAAUACUGGGGGUCCAUUGUUGUGUUUUUAACUAUAGACAUAAUAACAAAUGGAGAUGUUGGCAGUUUUUCUGUUUUUUCAUUGAAAAAUGUUGAAUUUUCACAACAGAAUGAUAAAAACAUAAUUUAUCUUCAGAUCUAAUUUUCUCGUCAUUAGGUUUCUACAAUUAUUACCACUUUGAAGAAAAUUUAUUUGUUCUCUAUUCCCAAAGGAUUGUGUUUUUUUUUAUUAUUAUUUUAUUUAAUUUUAAAGCUCAAAAACAGAAAUAAAUGGGUGGUUCUUCAAAAAUUAGAGUUUCCUUUAGGGAGCUGUUUCGUGGUUCUCAAUUGGUUUACGUCAAUGGACUGAAGACUUUUCUCCAGACCUUAUGAGGCCUUCAGAUGUCUUUAGAACGGCUCCAGAUAUUUAGAGUGUUCUGCUGCGAUUUACCCAUAGGAAGUUAUGUCAUUCAAAUAAAACUAAAUACCUCCCACUGUCAAUUUGAUCAGAAAUCAUAAUCAAUCACAUGCUGGAUUUGAACCACAAUAAGUAGAAAUAAGAUGUGACAUAAAACCUUAAAGGAAGAAAUAGUUGUAAUAAAUAGAAAGUAGUAGGAACAAACUGGUGAAAGAGUGACUCUGAAACAAAACACUUCAACAUUAUAUUUUGUUGUGAUUCUAAAUGUGUUGAAAUGUGCUUCGUGCACCGAGUAUUUACUAUUGUCAGCUGUUCUCCUCUUUACAAACAAACUUUUUUGAGUCAAAUAAGUAGUCGAUGUUAUGCCUGCUGUAGUUCCUGGUUUGUUUUCAGUUUUUUAUGAUGGCACACUUAUGAGGACGUUUUUUGAAAAUUAGAAAUAAAAAGAUUGUUUUUCUAGAAAACAAAAAAAGAUGUUCAUAAGAAAACAGCCUGAUGGGAAAUAGAAUGAAAAUAUAAAAGUUUGUCUUUCUUUCAUACCGAAGCCCUUCCUGUGCCUUCCUCUGACGACUAUAUAACAUCGUGAAAAAGCAGAGAACAGCUUGAUUUCGUCCUAUCAGGGCUUUUAGUUCAUACAUAGCUGCACAACUCAUCAGAUCGGUAGCAAAAAGUGCAAAAAGUCAUUUGUGUACUUUGUUUACCAAAACCACAAUAAAGAUGACAUCUUUAAAAACACACUGCUGUGUGAAACAAUGUUGCUGGGCUCCCUGAAUCAGCAGCGUUGGCAGUUCAACCUCCGACUAAACAACAAGCUGCCUCAGUGUUGCAGAGUGCUGAUUUGAAACUUCUACUUACUUGGAGAAUUUUAAAGCUGCUGGUGCCGGUACUGAAUAACCAUGGAGUCAUGCAGGAUGAUUGACAUUUACAUUGCUUUGUAUGAAGGUUCUGCUGAGCUGGCUUUGUCCUCCAUUAUAUUUACCCUCCACUUCCCCUCUGAAAUUCUGCAGCUUCACACCAAAUAUAUCCUCACACAGAUACGAAAGGAAGGGCAGCAGCUUGAGACGUUUUCUGAGAUCUUUUAAAAAAAUUAUUUUUACUUCCUUCUCUGCUCUGUCAGAGAGUUGAGAAAUGCAGAGUAUUUCAGAUUGUUUCGGAGGAAGGGGAGUGAUUCCUCCUGACUUCACAUCCAUCCUUCUCAGCGCUCAAUAAUAGUGUCAGCGUCACGGUCGUGGAUGACCGGGUCCGAUCACACUUAGUCAAGUCGUUGCCUCUUUCUGAUCUGUGCUGGUCGACUGAGCUGGAAGUGUUCAUGGCAGCACAUCAGGGACGUUUCCAGCUCCGCCUGCAGCUCACAGAUAACAGGCUCGGAUGCUAACACUCUUCGUCUCAAUGCGUCCACGAUAGCGUUAUCUCACACAUGUUUUCAUAAGGCCAAUAGUUUCAGUGAGGGCAAUAAUCGCAGCUGACAGCAGGAAGUUUUGCACUUUCCCCCAACAUGGUGGAGAAUUUCCUCCACCAUUUCCUCCACACACUGAAGCCCUUUAAGUGGAUAUACUGAUGGGGUGUUUUUGAAUUUUGUCCUCAACAUUGUCCUCAGUUGUGAAACUUGAUUCAUAUUUUUAUAUUUUUUCUUUGAUGUAAAGGAGGCACUGCAUUCACAUGGAAAAAUAAAGACCAUUUUACAUCGAAAUGUUAAGAAAAACGACACAGGAUGUCACUGCAGUGAGGAAACGUCAUGGAUGGAAUAUUUAUGCUGUAACAGGAUUUAUUUUCUCAUUGGCUCAACAACAUGGCAGAUAAAUUCAUACACUGAAGUGUU